UCCGGAAGCGAGGCGUGGAACGCAGAUGGUACACGACAUCGGAAAUCAGCCUUCAGUCUUGUCUCUUAGCAACCCGCCAGCCCUACCUGCUGCUGCCGCUCCGUAGACAUGAUGAGCCUUCUGCAGCUCCUGCUUCCCUGCCUUGUCUUAGUCGGAGCCGGGGCCAUCUCCUUCCAUCUGCCCGGUGACAGCAAGAAAUGCCUGAAAGAGGAGAUCCACAAAGAUGUGCUGGUGACCGGAGAGUAUGAGGUGUCCGAGCAACCGGGGAUCGUCACACACCUCAAGGUUACAGAUUCCAUAGGUCAUAUUCUGUAUUCCAAAGAAGAUGCAAAGAAGGGGAAGUUUGCCUUUACCACAGAAGAUUAUGAAGUAUAUGAAGUUUGCUUUGAGAGCACUAGUUCUACCGGUUCUGUGACAACGCCUGAUCAGCUAAUCGCGCUCGAUAUCAAACAUGGCGUAGAAGCUAAGAAUUAUGAGGGUCUGGCCAAGGCAGAGAAACUGAAGCCCCUGGAGGUUUUAUUAAGACGUCUAGAGGACCUGUCACAGUCUAUCAUUAAAGAUUUUUCAUACAUGAAAAAGCGGGAAGAAGAAAUGAGUGACACAAAUGAAUCCACCAGCCAGCGUGUCCUUUACUUCACUACGUUUUCUAUGUUUUGCCUUGUCGCUCUUGCCACUUGGCAAGUGUUCUACCUCAGGAAAUUCUUCAAAUCCAAGAAACUCAUAGAGUAAUGUGUGGACUUGGAUGAAAGACUUAUGACGUGCCAAGUAACUAAGAAAGACCAAGUGGAUGUGCAGUUUACAAUUAGUUUCCGCAUUGUGGCACAUUUGUGUAAAUUGAUAAUGGUGAGGGAUAUAUAUGAGUAGGUGCACAAGUAGCUGUAAAUCUAAUUCUUGUAUUUGGUACAAAUUGAAACCUAAAAGCAGCAUUCUGGUUGCUGUGAUUUACAGCUACCUGCACAGUCUCACAAAUGUCCUUCACGAUACACUACAAUGUAUUGAGCUGGGUAUAAUGAGAGAUUUUUGAUAAUGGAUUAUGAUGUUCAAUAGAGAUUAUGUAUACCAUUUUGAGAUUUUGUAACAGACCCGUAAAUCCAAAGAGGAGGUGUGAACUAUUUUAGUGGAAGAAACAAUGGAAAGUCUGAAGCCAAAAUAUUUUUUAUUACCUCUGUACUUGAUUAAACUCUCCUGUGGAAUAUAUUUUUGAUACUACUAAGUAUUCUGCCCUGGUAGGCUUAUUUUAAUAAACCAAAGCCAAGAACUGCAGUGAUAUACAAAGUCCGGUAACCUAUCACAGCCAGCCAGGUUUUUAAAGACAGAUUGCUGAAAGUUGUAUUUUAAAUUGAUCACUGUUCGUUAUUACACUUUGCAUGUUGCUCUUUGCCUGAUUAAAUCCAAUAAUCUGUUACAUUUCCUUCAA